AUGCAAAAGUAUUGAAUUUUCCAGGGUAACAACAGCAGGUUGUUAAUCCGCCCUCUUCUCGAAAAACGUGGAAACUGAACUGAAGCUUCCGAGCAAGAAGGAACUGAAUUUAGAGUCCAAUUUUUAUGGAAACCAACCGUAUUAUCAGUGAGAGUAACUUUAAAAUAGGCAUAUAAUCAGUUAGACGAGCUAUUCAACAAAGGCUUUGGCACAAUGCUUCACAACCACUUAGAAAACAAUAGAAUUAUUACCACCAAGCCUGGGCUAGUCCGAUCUCUCCGUCAAUUUUAUCAGACAAAUGAGUUAUCAAUUCAUUCUGGCUACCAAACUCACGAUACUAUUGCGACUUCUUUUAUAAUAACAGCCCACUGUGAAGACGUUGAGUACCAAAACUUCCUAGCCCGCUACGAAGAGAUCCAAAACGGUUUUUCUAAUAAAGAGCGCACUCCCGCUAAGCAUUGCAGCAAAAACAUGUGGCUAAUUAAACCAGCUGCAUUAAACCAAGGCAAAGGGAUAGAAGUAUGCAGAAAUCUAAAAGAAAUAAAAAAUAUUCUGAGAAGUAAAGAAAUGCACUCAGUCUGACUGAUCCAAAAAUAUAUAGAACGGCCUUUGCUCUUUAAAGGUAGAAAAUUUGAUAUAGAACUUUUCCUUGAAUUUUCUAGUAUUUUUUUUAAUGCAAUUGCUUAUUGAAAAAUUAAGAUAAAUUUCUAUAUCAGGAUGUGAGCGAUUGCAACAGGGAAAAAUGAAUUCUUUUAUUAUAGGCAUGGGUACCUAAGGACAUCAAGCUCUGAAUAUGACACAGAAGGCAAAGACAAUUUUAUUCACCUAACUAAUAACUGUUUACAGAAGUUUGGCGAAAAUUACGGAGUCCAUGAAAAAGGAAAUACCUUGAGUUUUGAAGCUUUUCAAGAAUAUUUAGACCAGGAAUUUGGAAAUUUCGGGAUAAAUUUUUGAAGUCAUAUAUUGCCAAGGAUAAAAGAUUUAAUGAUCGAUGCUUUUUUGAGUGGGAAAAAAUACAUGAAGAAAGGCAAAAGAAAAUUAAUUUUUGAGCUGCUUGGCUUUGAUUUUUUAAUUGAUGAAGAUUUCAGGGUCUGGCUCAUUGAAGUAAACACAAACCCUUAUUUAGGGAUUCCUAAUGAGUAUAUUGAAAGACUGUUACCAAAUAUGCUAGAUGAUUUAUUAGCUAUAACAGUAGACCCAUAUUUUCCUCCAAAAAACCCAAGGACUCGGACUGAAAAUGAUUAUGAGCUGCUCUACUGUGAAGUAGCUUCAGUUUUUUCCCCUGAUGGAGCUAUGAAAAACUUUAGACAGCCUUAUAACACACCUAUUUACCCUAUUCCAGAACUAGCUCAAGUCCCUAUGUGCAGAAUGAAUCAUCCUAAUAAAGAAGAAGAGCUUCUGUCCCCAGCUAUUCAAGAACCGGCUGCUUAUAAACCUGUAGCCAGAGAUACAUUAUUUACAGUAAAAGAAAUAUUAGAUUCGGGUGCAGGUUCAAUGAUGGUGCCUUUUUGAUAGUGUGCAUUUCACCGAAGUACUAUUGGUCUAAAUUGAUUGAUGAAACUUUUUGAUAGUGAGACAUUUGACCGAAAAAACCGUUAAAUUUCUACCAAACGUCACACUAUUUAAAAAUUUUCGACCAUAUGUAUUUCGAUGCAAUGUACACUGUCAAAAAUCCACUAUCAUUUGACAUGGAGCCAUUAGAUUCAUCGUCCGUUCUUGAUGUUUCAGAUUUCUGUAAUAUAUGCUCAAGAGUAAUAAGCCAAUUAAAUAACUGGGAACUUAUGUCAGAAGAACAAAUAUCUACAAGCAUCCAAGCUUUGUGUAAAAUUACAACGUCACCAAUUGGAGCAAGCGCAUUAGUGCUAUAUGAGCAUAUUCCAUCAUUGCUAGAUCUUUGUACUUCUGAAAACACCCCAGUUAAUUUACAAAUGGGUGCAUUAGAAGCAUUGGCAACUGGGUGCCAAGAAAUAAAAUUUCGAAAAGAAUUCGUAAAGCAAGGAAUUUCAGAGUUUUUAUACUGAUUAUUACAAAUAAAAAAAAUUCUACUAGUAUUUUUAUAUAAUAAAUAGUAGCAUUAUUUUUUUUAUAUUUAUUUAAUGGUAUAAUAAAUGAUGUGCUAAGCCAAAAUGCCAAUGAAAAUAUUGUGCAGCUUGCUAUGAAAGCAAUUUUUGUUAUUAGUAGCAAUCCUGCUAAAAAUGUAUACAUCCCAGGGGAAACUAGAGAAUAUGCAUGGAUAAGAAAUAAAAUUAUAAGUGAUGGGCUGCUUAUAUGCUUGUAUAAAUUAAGCAAAGAAAUAAAGGAUGAAGCCCAAAAAGAAGAAAUAAUUAAACAUAUAAACACUGAAUUUGAGCUAAAGGACUGGGAUUUUCAAUUAAUGGUGCUCGAUAAAAUAAUGCAAGCUGAACAGUCAAAUUCUACAAGCUGAACGUCUCCUAGAUCUCUUUCUUUACCCCCAAGAACUAGAGAUCCUUUUAAAGCAAGCACAGAAUCAAUAAAUACUAAAGAAAUUGAAGCAAAAUUCCCUAAUUGUCUGCUUGAUGCAAAAUUCUUAUUAAAUAUAAGAGAAGAGAUAAGAAGCCUGUGCACUGAGCGACGAGAAGAAAUUAAAAGUAAAUUGGAAAGAGAAAAACAGAAAAAAAUGGAAGAAAAUGAAGAAAAAGAAAGAUUAAGAGAACAAGAAGACAGGGAAUAUGAAGAAAAAAAACUCAGAGCAGAAGAAUAUGCUAUACGAAGAUAUGAAGAAAUCCGGCGGCAAAAAGCAUUAGAAAAUAAAAAAAAAUUAAAUGAAAAAUCACAGGAAGAAAAAUUCGACGAGCAAAAAAUAGCAGAAAUUAUUGAAAAAAAGAAAAAAAAUGAAGAAGCGAAAAGAUUGCAGAAAAUUAAAUUAAAGAAAAUGGAAGAAAGUCUGAAAAGGCAGGAGUCUGAAAAGAAACAAGAACAGGAAGAAAAAAGAAAAAAAGCAUUGGAAGGGUGGCUUAAAAAUAAAGAGGAAAAAGAAGCUCAUAAAAGAGCGAUUGAAAAACAAAAAAGGGAAGAAGAGGAAGCAAGAAGAGCUGUAGAGAUCCAAGCUAAAAAAGAAGAAUUAAUCAAAAAGUUAGAAGAAAAAAAAGAAAAAGCUAAAAAAAUGAAAGAAGAAAAUAAGGAAAAAGAAAAAAAAUCAAAAAUUGAAGGAGGCAUUUUAACAAUUGAAGAUACAAGAGUAGAGUCAAUUCCUAACGAAAUCAUGAAAAAUACCUCGACAAGGCAUUUACAAGUGAAUUCUAAUGUGACGCCAAAUGUCAGAGAAUUUAGAACUAAAAAGAGAAGGCUGUUUGAAAAGAAAAAGAAAAAAAUUGUGUCGAUACCUGAUAAGUUUCUGUAUGAAGUAUAUGGGGUAAAUCCAAGUAAUUAAUAUCUAGAAAAUUCUCAAAGAAUCCAUUUAAGAUCGCAGUCAAAAAAUGACAUUUCUAGAGAAAAAAGAAUUGAAGAAUGGAUUGCUGAUCAAAAUCGCUCAAGAGUUCAAGAACUGGCUGAAUAUCAAUCUCAAGCUAACAAUUUAUAA